ACCUCCCUUGAGAGCAAACCCUAUAAAGGAAGCUCCACAGCUUUGCAUGGAGACGAGACAGGAGCAAGAUUCUCUAGGCAUGGCCAGGACCAUGAGUUCCCUGUCACCUCAGCAGUGUGUAAACCUUAUCAAGGAAGCUCUAUGCCUUUUCUUAGAAACAAGGUGGGGCAAAGGAUGUCUAUUUGCAACCUGGAGCAUCAUUUCCCUGCCACAUCGACUGUGUGUAAAUGUUCUAGAGGAAGCUCUACAUCUUUGCAAGCAGACCAAAUAGGAACAAGAAUCUCCAUCCCUGGUCUAGAUCCUCCUUUCCCUGCCACCCCACCUAUGCACAAGCCCAGCAGAGUAAGCUGCACAUCUCUGUAUGGAGACAAGGCAAAAGCAAGAAUCUCCAUCCCUGGUCUAGAUCGUCCUUUCCCUGCCACCCCACCUAUGCACAAGCCCAGCAGAGUAAGCUGCACAUCUCUGUAUGGAGACAAGGCAAAAGCAAGAAUCUCCAUCCCUGGUCUAGAUCGUCCUUUCCCUGCCACCCCACCUAUGCACAAGCCCAGCAGAGUAAGCUGCACAUCUCUGUAUGGAGACAAGGCAAAAGCAAGAAUCUCCAUCCCUGGUCUAGAUCGUCCUUUCCCUGCCACCCCACUUAUGCACAAGCCCAGCAGAGUAAGCUGCACAUCUCUGUAUGGAGACAAGGCAAAAGCAAGAAUCUCCAUCCCUGGUCUAGAUCGUCCUUUCCCUGCCACCCCACCUAUGCACAAGCCCAGCAGAGGAAGCUGUACGUCUCUUUAUAGAGACAAGGCAAGAGCAGGAAUCUCCAUCCCUGGUCUAGAUCCUCCUUUCCCUGCCACCCCACCUAUGCACAAGCCCAGCAGAGGAAGCUGUACAUCUCUUUAUAGAGACAAGGCAAGAGCAGGAAUCUCCAUCCCUGGUCUAGAUCGUCCUUUCCCUGCCACCCCACCUAUGCACAAGCACAGCAGAGUAAGCUGCACAUCUCUGUAUGGAGACAAGGCAAGAACAAGAACCUCUAUAUCUGAUCUAGAUUGUCCUUUUCCUGUUCCUUCCCCCAUGUGCAAACCUUGCAAAGAAAGCUCUAUAGGUUUUCAUGAAGAAAAGGCAGGAAUAAGAAUCUCCAUCCAUGACCUGGACUGUCAUUCUUUACCUGCCACUUCACCUGGGUGCAAGCUCUAUAGAGGAAGUUGUAUGGCUUUGCAUGGAGACAAGGUAGGAACAAAAAUCUCUUUUAGAAGUCUGGAUUGUCCUUUCCUUGGCUCCUCAGCUGUGUGCAAGGAAAGCCAGGGGAUCCUGAGGAAAACAUCCUGUGAUAUCACCUAUGAGCGAAUAGAAAACAUUCCAAGAUCUGAUGAUUGCAGAGAGCAUUUUCUGCCUUGCACAGAUGCCAUGCUAGACAGGACAAGUCAGAAACCACCUACACCCACCAACAGAUGUAGCCCAAUGCUGAAUAGACGGCAGAAUGUGGCAGGGCUUGACACAAGUGGCAAUACAGGGAGAAAUAGAAUAGAAAGGCUGCAGGGAGAAAACAUGAAAAAUAUAGAACAUUUUCCCACAUGUAAUAAGUCCCUGGUGAUAUCAAAGGCAAGGGAGCACUGUGCUUUUCCAUCUUCAGGUAGUAAAACUUUGAUGACCAAUGAAUCAAAUGGCUUCCCAAUGAUAGAUAUGACUUUGGGUGAAAAACGCACUAAAUAUCCUCCACCAAUAGUAUCAGAACCCAGAGAUCCUAGAUUGUCAGGCAACAACACUAAGCUACUCUGUGAGUUAAAGUUGAACUUGGAGAACACAGAGGGUAGCCAGAGUGAUCCCCAUCUCACUGACUGUUCCCUUGUCUCAAGGAACCUGAAAUCUAAGCCUACCUUGAGUUACAACCACGGCAUCUGCACUUGGCAGAUGGCAGCUUCCCAGGUGCUGCACGUCCGCUCCGACAACACAGGGAUCAGUAGGCAGCAGAUGCAGCAGCCUUGUGUCCCUAUGUGUGGCUUAUGGAAAGACCAGGAUGAAAGUUUCCUCCCAGCUGUGAAGAGAACACACCCUCCAGAACACAAACCAGAAGAGCUUGGUGGAGGAGAUGCAAGACUGGGUCCCUCCCUGCCCAGAAGGAGGAGCCAUGCUGCUCGAGACGAGAUGCCAAAGGACAUGUGUGGGAAAAAAUCUUCCCCAGUGCAGUCACAGAGGGAGCAGCUUCCUGCUGAAAGCCACUUCAGAAAGAGGGUAAAGCACUUUUUGCAGUGGAUUUGGCCCAGCAGAAAAUGUGAUGGGAAAAAUAGUUUCCUGGAACAAGCAAGUUCCUCACCAUCUAUACAGAGCAUGGGCCUCAGUAGCAACCAGGUUGCCUUCACUGGGAAUGCCGAAGCCCAAGUCAAGACACCUGGUGGGAAGAUCCCAGGGUGUAAACAAGGGCAUGAUCAUGGAAUAUGUAAAACCUGCCAUCAAAAGCUCCUUUCCACCCAUGCAAACUUUAGCAAAACUCAGCACAAUGCAGAAUUGCAGACUGGGGCAGUGCCUGUCCAGGGUUGUCCAUUCAACCACAGGGCAACAUCCUGUAAGGCAACAAGUACCACAUCCUGCUGCCAAGGAGCCGCCUUUGUGGGUCAGAAUUACCCCACAAAGAAUGCACAUGUGAGACCCAGAGACAGAGGGCCCCCCAAAACUGUGUCAUUUAAGGACCAGCUGUGCUGCCAGAAGCAUCCUUCAGGUGUUUGCCACAGACAGCAGGUGCCACAUCCAGGACCCCCAGGUUUCUGAUUGGCCAAGUGCUUUGAGUUGCCCUUGCCACUGCUGAAGGACCAUAAAUCUCCAAGAAGGAAAACUUUCCUCCUAAAAAAUCAUUAAUUCCUAAUUAAAAUGUCGAUUCUUCCCAAUAAAUA